UCGGCCUCACUCUCCCAGUACAGCCAGGAGAAGCAGACCUUGGAACUCUCCCCAGCUUCCGCCGCCCUUCAAGCCCCCCGUUCUGGCCACGCAGAUCCCGAGUUAAAGCUGCUAGCUCUCAGGUCCCCCAAGCAGUGAUCCUGGCACCUGAGACCUUUCAGAGUCCGCUGAGGAUUUGGGGAGUGGUGCAGGUUGGCGUUCUUUCUGCCUCACCAGGGCUUGGCUCCCAGGAACGUGAACUCCUGUUAGUGGUGGCACUGAACGUCCUCAACCUUCACAGCCUCAAGCUUCCCUGUCAUCUGAGGAAUGGAUAAAUUGGGGCAGAUCAUCUCCUUAGGACAGUUCAUCUACCAACAAUGCGACAACCUGAAACUCUGCCGCAGGCAGUGCCAGCGCCUCAGGAGCCGGGUGCACAGCCUGCUGCAGCCACUGCAGAUGCUUCAGGCCCAAGGGAAGCAGAACUUGUCCACCGAGCUCACCACUGCCCUGGACCGCUUCCAGGCCGUCCUGGAGAAAGCGAAGGGCCAGAUAGAGGAAUUCCAGCAGAAAUCCAGCAUUUAUAGGUUUUUCACUGCAGGCCGGGACAAAAUUCUUUUCAGGGAAGUGAACGAGCAGCUGAGGGAUGUUUGGGAGGCGCUCUCACUGGUGCUUCAGGUUGACCAACGGAUGCUGGUGUCCGGGGGUAGCCAAGGAGCGCACUGGCAGCAGGAAGAUGAGCAGGAUGCAGAGGAAGACUGGCAAGUGAUCCAAAGGCGAAGAAUGGACAAUAAAGAUCUAACGGCUUCACUGAGGUGGAUGGAAAUCAACCUAAAAGAGAUCCAGGAAACUUUAAGACAGUACUUCGGGAGACCGACAACGCCAGUGUCCCCAGAACCAAUCAAGGAAAUCCCGAAGGUGCAGCUUUGCACCUCCCCAUGGAGCCUGCUGAGGGAGGAUGGAUUCAGCACACUGUACAAAGGAGAGUAUCACAGAUCCCCGGUGACCAUCAAAGUCUUCAAAAAUCCCCAGGCCAGCCCCAGAUCAGUGAGACAUACCUUCAAUAAUGAGAUCAGAACCAUGAGGAAGUUUGAUUCUCCCAACAUCCUGCGGAUCUUUGGGAUUUGCAUUGAUGAAACAGUGACUCCUCCUCAGUUCUCCAUCAUCAUGGAGCACUGUGAGCUCGGCACCCUAAGGGAGCUGUUGGAUAAAAAAAAGGACCUGACAUCCGGCGAGCGCAUCGUCCUGGCCCUGGAGGCAGCCAAAGGCUUGUACAGGCUACACGAUGAAGAAGUGCCUGAACUCCACAGAAAUAUCAGCAGCACGAGCUUUCUGGUAACCAAAGGCUACCAAGUGAAGCUUGCAGGAUUUGAACUGAGCAAAACCCAGACUUCCAUCAGUCGGGAAAUGAAGUGGAAUAAAACAGACAGAGUGCAUGCUGCAGCAUACAUCUCGCCUCAGUGCCUGGACAACGUUUUUCAUAAAUAUGACAUAAAAGCUGAAAUAUACAGCUUUGGAAUCGUCCUGUGGGAAAUCGCCACUGGGAGGAUCCCGUUUGAAGGCUGUGAUUCUAAGACUAUCUACCAGCUGGUGGUCGUGCAGCGGCAGCAGGAGCCGCUGGGAGAAGGCUGCCUCCCGGUGCUGCAGGAGGUGAUUGGGCAGUGCCGGGCCUACGAGCCCGCAGAACGGCCCUCCAUGCACGAAAUCAUAGAGAAACUGACUACCUUCACUAACUCAUGUAUUAAAACCUGAGCCAUGGAUGCCCUGGACGUGAAACUGGAAGACACGUGAACUGGACAUCUCUUUUACAUCCUUCCUCAUCAGGUUAUUUACGGGUGCAGAGAAACUGAGCAUCGCAGUUCACACAGCACACAUCCCACUCCCAGUGAGACUGCCUCAACGCACUGUGCUAAGUGUUCCACAACAAGCUGGCGUCCGUAGCUCUUGACCAUGUGACUUUCUGGGGCCUCCUAUCAAGUGCAGCAGUCUGAUGCACACCACCAUGGGAAUUUGGCCUGGCCUUUUGACUCACGUUUUGGCCACCAUGCAUUGUGUUGAUAGGGUUCUAACACAGGCUGAAAGUUGCAAAAAAAAAAAAAAAAUUCUUCUGAUUAUGGACUCAGCUAUGACUUUCUACCAGCCUUUGGCUCCUCUCCAAUGUCUCCAAAUUAUCUUAAAACUAAAUAUAUGUUGUCUAGAGUUUUCAACUAUUAUCAGUUAAAAUAUUUGCCUAGUAAGAAAUAUUUGAUUGUUAUUAGAUGUAGAAAGCUCUUAAUUGUGUAUAUAUAUAUAUUUUUAAAGAUUUAUCUACUGGAAAGAAUUACACAGAAAGAGAUGCAAAA